AUGUUGAUAUUGACUUUGCAACACAGGCAUCGGCGACCCUUGAUUCCUCACUCGACAUACUACUAUAGACCACCUGCAUCAGACUCGGCAUUCGGAACGCCCCCAGUUGGACAGAUUGGUGUUCACCACCCUCGAGAAAUUGUACGCAUUGAAAGGGAUUAUAGUGCGGGGGAACUGACUCAGUUCUCUUCAUCAUAUCCCGUUGAACUUGACGGCCGAAUAACUCCGACUCAAUUCAUGGAGACCAUCAACGACAUUAAUGAACUUCUAAUAUCAGCAUAUAGUGCCCGCCACUCUUUCAUAUACAACUUUCUUGCAAUUACUACCCUGCACCUCUCGACACUUUUCCUCACGUCACACUAUGAUAAGGAGAUGCGGCGGUUAAAGGAGACGAUUGAGGGAAUAAAUACCCAAAUAUAUAACCCCGUUGGUCUGAACAUCCUGUGGCCCCGGAACGUGGCCUUUCUUUUCUUAGAGAUUGAAUACUAUGUGCGUGGUUUGUGCGCCGUCCAUAUCCGCUGA